CGCUGCAACUGACCCCGUCCGUCAGCGCACUAUAAAGCGGCGCGCCCCACGCCGGGCACCCAGCGCCUGCUGCCCGAGCCGAGCCGAGCCCGACCCGCGGACGACCCCGCUGAAGCUGUGCCAGGAUGUGCGACGACGAGGAGACCACUGCUCUGGUGUGCGACAAUGGCUCUGGGCUAGUGAAGGCCGGCUUCGCGGGGGAUGACGCGCCCCGGGCUGUCUUCCCGUCCAUCGUGGGCCGCCCGCGCCACCAGGGCGUCAUGGUGGGUAUGGGUCAGAAGGACUCCUACGUAGGAGAUGAGGCCCAGAGCAAGCGAGGUAUCCUGACUCUGAAGUACCCCAUUGAGCACGGCAUCAUCACCAACUGGGAUGACAUGGAGAAGAUCUGGCACCACACCUUCUACAACGAGCUCCGCGUGGCCCCUGAGGAGCACCCCACUCUGCUCACGGAGGCCCCGCUGAACCCUAAGGCCAACCGUGAGAAGAUGACCCAGAUCAUGUUUGAGACCUUCAAUGUCCCUGCCAUGUAUGUGGCCAUCCAGGCAGUGCUGUCCCUGUACGCUUCUGGCCGUACCACAGGCAUCGUCCUGGAUUCUGGAGAUGGUGUAACUCACAACGUUCCCAUCUAUGAGGGCUACGCUCUGCCCCAUGCCAUCAUGCGUCUGGAUCUGGCUGGCCGGGAUCUCACGGACUACCUCAUGAAGAUCCUUACUGAACGUGGCUACUCUUUUGUCACCACCGCUGAACGUGAAAUUGUCCGUGACAUUAAAGAGAAGCUGUGCUAUGUUGCCCUGGAUUUUGAGAAUGAAAUGGCCACAGCUGCCUCCUCCUCCUCUCUGGAGAAGAGCUAUGAGCUGCCCGAUGGCCAAGUCAUCACUAUUGGCAACGAGCGCUUUCGCUGCCCCGAGACACUAUUCCAGCCCUCCUUCAUCGGUAUGGAAUCUGCUGGCAUCCAUGAAACCACUUAUAAUAGCAUCAUGAAGUGUGACAUUGAUAUUCGCAAGGACCUGUAUGCCAACAAUGUCCUCUCUGGAGGUACCACCAUGUACCCUGGUAUUGCCGAUCGCAUGCAAAAGGAAAUUACUGCCUUGGCUCCCAGCACCAUGAAGAUCAAGAUUAUUGCUCCCCCCGAGCGUAAGUACUCUGUCUGGAUUGGGGGCUCCAUCCUGGCCUCCCUGUCCACCUUCCAGCAGAUGUGGAUCAGCAAGCAAGAGUACGAUGAGGCAGGCCCCUCCAUUGUCCAUCGCAAAUGCUUCUAAGGUGCCUUCUCUCGUGGUCUACAUUCAGGAUGACAGUACUACGCUUCUUGGAGUCUUCCGAGCCACCCUCCCUUAUCUCUCAUCAAUCAUUGUACAGUUUGUUUACACAUGUGCAAUUUAUUUGUGCUUCUAAUAUUUAUUGCUUUAUAUAAAUAAACCAGACCAGGACUUGCAAA